AACAAGGGAAAUGGGGUCAAAUUGCUAUUGGAAGCAUUAGGGGCCAACAAACAACAGCCUCGGCUGCAAACUUCUACUCCUCUUCCAUUGUGCUGCUCUUGCUCCUUACAAAAGGGAGGAAGAACACAACAACUGCUCUGCAGCAUAAGACACAACAUCUUGGAGAAGGAGAAGGAGAGGAAGGAGGCAUGAACGCCGAUUUGGGCGUGCCGAGGGAGCUCGCCGGGCUGCAGCGGAGGAGGGCGCUGUAUCAGCCAGAGCUGCCUCCAUGUCUUCAGGGAGCAAGAAUCAGAGUGAAGUUUGGUGACUCAACAACGACCAUCGAUCCAAAAUGUGCGAAUGUUGUCGCACAGGCAUUCCCACACACCUUUGGUCAGAAGCUAGUGCAUUUUCUGGAAACAAACACGACGGUCCCUGAUGUGCAAGUCACCGAAGAACAUCCACCAAUUAGGGUUGGUGUGGUGUUUUCUGGAAGACAAUCGCCUGGAGGGCACAAUGUCAUAUGGGGUACCUACGAUGCUAUGAAAGCUCAGAAUCCACACAGUGUUCUGCUUGGAUUUGUAGGUGGCACAGAAGGCCUAUUUGCAAAUAAGACGAUGGAGAUCACAGAUGAUGUUCUUUCAUCAUACAAAAAUCAAGGUGGUUUUGAUUUGCUCGGCAGGACUGUUGAUCAAAUCCGCACGACAGAGCAAGUAAAUGCUUCAAUGUCAACAUGUUGUGAUCUUAACUUGGAUGGCCUAGUCAUCAUUGGAGGGGUCACCUCCAAUUCAGAUGCUGCUCAGCUUGCAGAGACCUUUGCCGAGCAUUGCUGCAAGACAAAAGUUGUAGGUGUCCCUGUUACAUUAAAUGGUGAUCUCAAGAAUCAGUUCGUGGAAACAACUGUUGGUUUUGAUACAGUGUGCAAGGUGAACUCUCAGCUUAUAAGCAAUGUUUGCCUCGAUGCAGUCUCGGCUGGGAAGUACUACUAUUUUGUUCGCUUGAUGGGUGGCAAAGCAUCUCACGUUGCCUUGGAGAGCGCGCUUCAGUCACACCCAAACAUGGUUAUCUUAGGAGAGGAGGUAGCAUUUUCAAAGCUCACACUGAUGGAAAUUACAAACAAGAUAUGUGAUGGAGUAGAAGCAAGGGCAGCGCAAGGGAAGUACCAUGGAGUGCUAAUUAUUCCUGAGGGACUGAUCGAAAGCAUACCAGAUAUGUAUGCUCUCAUUCAGGAAAUUAAUAAUCUCUACAGGAAUAAUGUUCCUGAGGACGACAUUCCAUCUCAACUUUCUCCGUGGGCCGCUGCCUUGUUUAAGUUCUUGCCACCUUUCAUCAGGAGAGAGUUGCUCCUGCAUCAAGAAUCUGAUAACUCAGCACAGCUAUCCCAGAUCGAUACUGAGCAGCUCUUAGCCCAUUUAGUAGAAGCAGAAAUGAGCAAGAGAACAAAAGAAGGGAAGUACAAGGGAAGAAAAUUCAGUUCAGUCUGCCACUUCUUUGGUUCUCAAACUCGAGGAUCAUUACCAUCGAACUUCGAUUGCGAUUAUUCUUAUGUUCUUGGCCAUGUCUGUGUGCACGUACUAGCAGCUGGGUUGAAUGGUUACAUGACCACCGUAACAAAUCUGAAGGACUCGACCGACAAGUGGCGAUGCGCUGCCGUUCCUAUAACGGCAAUGAUGACUGUGAGGAGGCACUUGCGUGGUCCUGGAGCUGUUCCUAUUGGAAAGCCAGCCAUUCAUCCUUCUCCAAUUGAGCUGAAAGGAAAUUCAUAUGCGAUCCUGAGGGAGAAAGCCUCAAGCUUUCUGUUAGAUGACUUCUACAGAACUCCAGGAGGCAUUCAAUUUGAGGGACCUGGCGCAGACGCCAAGCCGAUCACAUUGACAAUCGAAGACCAGGACUACCUGGGAGAGAUCGAGAUACUGCAAGACUACUUGGAGAAGGUGAGGACCAUUCUGAAGCCUGGAUGCUCAAGGGAGAUUCUGAAGGCAGCAAUAAGCUCCAUCGCGUCAGCAAACGAUGUGCUCAGGGUCAUGUCCGCGCCCCUAAAUGCUGAGCUUCCCCUCUACCAUUUCAACUGAUUUCAAUCUUCAUCAGAUAUGCAACUUUUGCCAGUCAAUAUCUGUCAUUCAUGUGACAUCACUCCAGUUUGUAGAACUGGUUAAGAAUCAUCGGUGUCUUCUGCGGCUGCUCAUCUUUGGUAGCUUUUUUUGUUCCGUAUUCCUUUUUCCAUAGAACCUUCUCAUUCAUGUCAAUAAAAACAAUGCACCGAAGUGCAUAUAAGCAGAUAACGGAUAUAGAUAAAUGCAUAGGCUGCCUUCUUUUGCCUAAAGUGUUUUGACUCA